CUCUUAUAUCAAAUAUGGAACCAGAAAGAGUGAUUAGAAUCCUCUACAUUCCUCUCCUCUAAUAAUCAUACAACCUGGUGUAGAUGAAGUGUUGCAAUAAGUGAUACAAUUAGGAGAAGAAGACUAGACUCCUAUUCAUUUCCUUUAUCCACGCAACAUAAUCCGCUUGGCUUUUCGCUUUCCCUCCACCGGUACUUCCGGUUACCAGUCUCCAACUUCUUUAUUAUUCUUCUCUCUUUUUCUGCAAAACAACACCACCAACCAUCCCUGAGUCACACUCUUCCGAGUCACGGACUCACUAUUCACUUCUCCAUACCCAACACAAAUAAAACAGAAAGAAACGAAAAACUUCAAACCUUAUUCGUUAUCAAUAACAUGCGUUCCAAUUUUACCCCUCGCUUUCUUUAUUUUCCAAUCUCUGCCACCGAAUCAAAACCCUUAAUCGGAGCUAACCAUACUUCAGCUAGAUUCUGCUCCAGAUAAAAUUAAAAAUAACAAAACAAAAACAAAACUCCAAAUGUUUUUAUUGUUUUUUUAAUUUACACCAUUUUUUAUUUUUAUUACAUUUUCAGUUAUGAAAAAAAAGUGCACAACGGCUACCAUGGAACAUACUGUAGCGAAGCAUGGCUCUGUUCGGAAUCUUCUGAUACGGUUACUUAUCUCCGGCGUUUUCAUCCUCGCCAUCCGUUUUGCUUACCUUAUUGCCAUUGCCGGCGAGUCGUGCAACGUCGCCGGUUUCUGCUUCUUCUCAUUGCCGGAUACUCUUAGUCUUGCUAUCACCGGAAGUGAUCCACUCUCCGUUGAGUAUUCUUCCGGCGGCACCCGUGGAAAUUCGUCGCGAUCGGAGCAUUAUACUAGCAAGAGCUGGCUUAACAGUGUUCGUUUCUACUCGUCGGUUUUUCAUGACUUGAUCGCCGACGGUUACCUCUCGACGGAGUCGAAGUCGCUUUGUAUUGAAACGCCGACCGGAGGCAACGUCUUCGCGCUGAGGGAAAUCGGCGUCCGAUACGCUGUCGGAAUAUCGAGGAAGUCAGUGAAGCCGCUUGUGAAGUCCGGAAGCGGUGAGCGGAUUCCGUUUGGCGACGGCGCUUUUGAUUUUGUGUUCUCCGGUGAAGGAUCAUUUGCGAGGUCGGCGAAACCGGCGGUUGUCGCGGCGGAGAUUGCUCGGACGCUGAAAUAUGGAGGAUUUGCGGUUUUCCAUUUCACAAACCCUAAAGAUACGUAUAGUUUCAAUUCAUUCCUUGAUUUGUUUCAUUGUUUCAAAGUAGUGAAGUUGCAUGUGUUAGAAGGGUUUGAUUCUUCAAUUCCUUAUAUACAUGAAACUGUUUUGAAAAAUGAGUGUCUUGAUUAUGGUGCUAGUAAAUUUGAUAAUGAUUAUUAUUCAAAUGGAAAAUGCUAUGUUCCUGGGUAUAAGAAAGAUUUGGUUAGGAUUGCUGAGCCUUUGAUUGAAAAGGAACCAUUGAAACCUUGGAUUACUUUGAAAAGGAAUAUAAUGAAUAUAAAGUAUCUUUCAUCAAUGGUUGAUAUAAGCUUCAAAGAUAGGUAUUUAUAUGUUGAUGUUGGAGCUAGAAGCUAUGGUUCUAGCAUAGGAUCAUGGUUUAGGAAACAAUAUCCUAAGCAGAAUAAGACAUUUCACGUUUAUGCAAUUGAAGCUGAUAAAACUUUUCAUAAGGAGUAUGGGUUGAAGAAAGGGAUUACUUUGCUUCCUUAUGCGGCUUGGGUGAAGAAUGAGACUUUAGCUUUUGAGAUUCAUCGCGAUCCCGGGGAACAUGUUGAGGUUAAAGGUAGGGGGAUGGGUAGGAUUCAACCUUUGCAGGUGUCAGGGAAGGAGUUUAAUGGGGAGGUGGAGAAGAUACAGGGAUUUGAUUUUGCCAAUUGGUUGAAGAACACGGUUUCGAGGAAUGAUUUUGUUGUGAUGAAAAUGGAUGUAGAGGGUACGGAAUUUGAUCUGAUUCCGAGGUUGUUCAAAACUGGGGCGAUCUGUUUGAUAGAUGAGAUUUUCCUUGAAUGCCAUUACAAUAGGUGGCAGAGAUGUUGCCCUGGACAGAGGAGUUCAAAGUAUGAGAAAACAUAUGACCAGUGUUUGGAUCUCUUCAAUUCUCUUAGACAAAGCGGAAUUCUUGUUCAUCAAUGGUGGUGAUUGUCUGAUAGGUGAAAUUCUAUACGUGUUUUGUAACAUUAUUGUUUUUAUUUUACUCUUUUAGAUGUUUCUUCAUCAAAGAUUUCCCUCCCCUCUCAUUUUACCUUAGAAAAUAGAGAAGAUUAAUGUGAUUCAAAUUUCUUUCCAUGUAAAAGUUGGAAUUGAAAAUCAAAGUAUUUCUUUAAGUCAAAUGUAUUCUUUGCACAAGUCUCAUCUUUUAUAUACCUUGAAAAGAUAUGGAAAUUGAUAGCUGGAUUCUGUCA